AUGGCAACCAACGGCUCCUCCAACGGCACCAGCUACACUGUGCCCCUCCUCAUUAACGGCAAAGAAGUAACCACCGACACUACCUUCGCCGUCACCUCCCCCGCCUCCGACAAGCCUCUCUGGCAGAGCGCCAGUAGCAGCAAAUUCGACGCCCUGUCCGCCGUCUCCGCCGCAGCCGCCGCCUUCUCCGCCUGGUCUAAAACGAAGCCCGCGUUCCGGCGCGACAUCUUCCUCCGCGCCGCCGAUAUCCUCGACAAGCGCGCAGCAGAAUGUGCGGAGUAUAUGGACCAGGAGACGGGCAGCGUGGAUGCGUUUAGCAAGGGCUUUAACAUCCCGGUCGCGGCGGAGAUGGUGAGGGAUAUCGCCGGCAGGAUCAGUGGGGUCAUGGGUGCUAUACCAACGUGUGCGGUGGAGGGGACGAGCGCGUUGGUGCUGAAGGAGCCGUACGGUGUUGUGUUGGGGAUUGCGCCGUGGAACGCCCCAUACAUCCUCGGCAUCCGCGCCUUCGCCUACGCCCUCGCCGCCGGCAACACCUGCGUCCUCAAAGGCUCCGAGCUCUGCCCCCGCACCUUCUGGGCCAUCGGCUCCGUCUUUACGGAAGCCGGCCUCCCGGACGGCUGCCUCAAUGUGCUAUGCCACCGGCCACAAGAUGCCGCCGAGGUCACAACAGCGUUGGUCGAACAUCCCCUGGUGAAGAAGGUCGACUUCACUGGCAGCACAGCGGUGGGAAGCAUCAUCGCUGCAACGGCGGGCAAGGCGCUGAAGCCUGUGCUUAUGGAACUGGGCGGGAAGGCGAGCGCGAUUGUGCUCGAGGAUGCGGAUCUGGAGAAAGCGGCGACGCAGUGCGCGCUGGGCGCUUUCCUGCAUAGCGGCCAAAUCUGCAUGUCCACGGAGCGUAUUCUGGUGCACAGAUCUGUCCUAGAACCGUUCAAGAAAGCCCUCUCAUCAGCCAUCUCCAACAUCUUCAGCGACUCACAACCCGCUCCUGUCCUAGUCACUUCCGCAGGAGUCGAGAAGAACAAAAAGCUCAUCUCCAACGCCCUCGACAAGGGCGCCUCGCUCGUUUACGGUGAUGCCCAGGCCCAGGAAGCCUCAGCAACGCGUAUGCGCCCCAUCGUAAUUGCCGACGUAACAAAAGACAUGGACAUCUACCACACCGAGUCCUUCGGACCCUCCGUGUCGCUGAUCGCCGUAGACUCUGAAGACGAGGCCGUCGAGAUGGCGAACGAUACCGAGUACGGGCUUUCGGGGGCCGUGUUUACUGAGAAUCUGGCUAGGGGGCUACGGAUCGCGAGGAGGAUCGAAAGUGGGGCGGUGCAUAUCAAUAGUAUGAGCGUGCAUGAUGAGGCGAAUCUGCCGCAUGGAGGCGUCAAGAAGAGUGGGUGGGGGAGGUUUAAUGGGAUGUGGGGCUUGGAGGAGUUUUUGAGGACGAAGACUAUUACAUUUCAAGAGUAA